GCUUGUAUAUAUUAAGGGUACCCAGGUCAGUAAUCCCACAGUGUAUUAAAGCAUCUCAUGUGGCCAGGUCCUGGAACCUUUCCUGAGAUUCUGCCCUAGGAUGCUGACUUUCAACAGGAUGAAGACAACAACUUGUUCCCUUCUCAUCUGCAUCUCCCUUCUCCAGCUGAUGGUCCCAGUGAAUACUGAGGGGACCUUAGACUCUAUUGUGGAGAAAAAGGUCAAGGAACUUCUUGCCCAUCGAAAUGACUGUCCCUCCACUGUAACGAAGACUUUCUCCUGUACUAGUAUCAAGGCUUCAGGCAGACUGGCCUCAUGUCCUUCUGGAAUGGUUGUCACUGGUUGUGCUUGUGGCUAUGGUUGUGGAUCUUGGGAUAUCCGGGAUGGAAAUACUUGCCACUGCCAGUGCUCAGUCAUGGACUGGGCCUCCGCCCGCUGCUGCCAACUGGCCUAAGAGUGAGGAAGCUGAGAACCUAGCUUUGAAAUGAAGACUAUAACAAAAGUGCAAUCUCAACUUGGAAACCUGGCUCAUAUCCCCUUGAUGAAUUCAUAUUGUCCAUUAGCCCUGCUUCUUGAAAAAUAAAGACAAAUUUGCAUGUGUCUG